AUAUAAAAAAGCCCUUCGGGUCUAGGGUUUCUGUCGGUUAUAUUGGGUGCUCAGCUUCUAGGGUUUCUGAGAUUUUAAAGUGAGUUAAGCUGCGCCACCAUCCAACAGCAGCACAGCAACCAUGGUUCUCAAGACUGAGCUCUGCAAAUUUAGUGGUGCCAAGAUAUACCCUGGAAAGGGUAUCAGAUUUGUUCGCUCUGAUUCUCAGGUUUUUCUCUUUGCCAAUUCAAAAUGCAAGAGGUACUUUCAUAACCGUUUGAAGCCAUCUAAGCUUACAUGGACAGCCAUGUACAGGAAACAACAUAAGAAGGACAUUGCUGCUGAGGCUGUGAAGAAGAAGCGUCGCACAACCAAAAAACCUUACUCAAGGUCUAUUGUUGGUGCCACCUUGGAAGUUAUACAGAAGAGGAGGACUGAGAAGCAAGAAGUCCGAAAUGCUGCGAGGGAGGCAGCACUUCGUGAAAUUAAGGAGAGGAUCAAGAAAACUAAGGAUGAGAAGAAGGCAAAGAAAGCAGAGGUGAUGGCUAAGACACAGAAGACCAAGGGUGGUGGUGUGAGCAAGGCUCCUGCACCAAAGGGGCCCAAGCUUGGUGGUGGUGGUGGAAAGCGAUGAUUUAGUUCAUCUUGACUUCUUCCUUAAGUAGUAACAUGAACAAUUAAGAUUUUGUUGCCGAAUUUCAUGUAUGGGUUCAUUAAUCAGUAUUGCCAGAUAACUUGUUUAGUUUAUGAAUUUUUUUGGGAGUUACUUUUGUUUACUACCUACUUAAGGUUUCCUAAUGCAUAAUUUGUUUGAGUUUCUGAGGAAAUAUCUUGAAGGAUGGUGUUUGAUGUUUUGGUCUCUUCUGUUUUAUGAAAUAUUUAAGCUUAUACUUUUGACAGCA